ACAAGAAUAGGAAGUGAAUUAUUUGAGGACUGGGACACGGGAAAAGGAGGAGAAUUGGGGCAAGUGUUUUCUAAUUGGUUGGUUAAAACAGCAGGGACUCUUUGGAGUACCAAGCAUAAUUUCUGAGACUCAUUUCCAAGCCUCUUAUUUCACUCUUUUAAGCUCUUAGGAGGAAAUAAAGUGGUCAAAUAGACCCUGCCUCUCCCCUCCCUCACCACACGGGGGAGCACCUAGCCAUGUAGAUACCGGCAUUGUGACUUCGGCACUAUGACGCAAUGACCAUGCAAGGGGGAUAAGGUGGCUCCACUCCUCCAGGGUCAUUUUCUUCUUCCCCUGACUCCGGCCUGUUGGCAAGGAAAGGCCAGAUGACAACGUGAAACCCAAAGAAGGCUGCGGCUGUGAUCGCUGGUGAAGUCAACUCCAGCAAAUUCGAGGCAUCAAUAACCGUCUUGAGGUAGCCCUUUCUUUUUCCAAUUUCCAACUCGAUAGAGGGAUAUCUUAAAGUGCGAAUCAAACUGAGAAAAACUGGGAAUAGCUGACAGCCUUUCACCACAAAACUUUACUUAAGGGAUCCUGUUCCAUCAAGACACUUAAUCAUUAACCAAUCAUUCAUCUGCCAAUCCAUCAUCUGCCAAUCAGUCCUCGGCCAAAUAGUCAUAAAUUAACCAGUCCUCAGCCAACCCAUCCUCAACUAACCAGCAACGAAUCAACUGGGCAUGAGCCAAUCAGACAUGAACCAAUCAAGUUUACCAGACAUGAAUGAAACAGGUACAAAACAGCCAAGCAUAAGCUUAAUUGGUAUGAACCAACUGGACACGAACCAACCGAGCACAAGCCUACGUGACAUGAACUACCUGGGCAUAAACCAACAGGACAUGAGUGAACCACCCAUGAGGCAACCAGGCACAAGCCUGCUAGGCAUAAAUCAACCUGAUGUGAAACAACUAGGCACACGGCAAUCAGGCACAAGCCUCCCAGACAUAAACCAACCCGGAAUGAAACAACCAGGCACAUGGCAACUAGGUACGAGCCCAUCAGAAAUAUCCCAACCAGGCCUGAGCCAGCCAGGCAUACGGGAACCAGGACUGAGCCAACCAGUCGUGAGCCACCCAGGCAUGAACCAACUAGACCUGGGCCAACCAGCCAUGCGGCAGCCAGGCAUGAGCCAACCAGUCCUGAGCCACCCAGACAUGUGGCAAACAGGCCCAAGGCAACCAGGUACUGACUCAUCAAGUACAAGUCAAUCAAUCAAGAGUCAGCUAUACACAAUCCAAUCAGAUACAAAUCUAGCAGGCACUACACAACUAGGCUUGAACAAAUCAAAUACGAGUCAACCAGACAUGAGUCAAGUAGGUAGGAGCCAACCAGGCAUGUGGCAACCAGGCAUGAGCUACCCAGGCAUGUGGCAACCAGGCCUGAACCAACCAGUCCUGAACCACCCAGGCAUGUGGCAAUCAGGCAUGAGUCAACCAGUCCUGGGCCACCCGGGCAUGUGGCAACCAGUCCUGGGCUACCCGGGCAUGUGGCAACCAGGCAUGGUUCACCCAGGCAUGUGGCAGCCAGGCAUGGACCACCCAGGCAUGUGGCAAACAGGCCCAAGGCAACCAGGUACCAGCUCAUCAAGUACGAGUCAAUCAAGCAUAAGUCAGCUAUACACAAGCCAAUCAGAUACAACUGUAUCAGGCACUACACAACUAGGCUUGAGCCAAUCAAAUACCAGUCAAUUAGGUAGGAGCCAACCAGGCAUGAGCCAGCCAGGCAUGUGGCAACCAGGCAUGAGCCACCCAGGCAUGUGGCAACCAGGCAUGAGUCAACCAGUCCUGGGCCACCCAGGCAUGUGGCAACCAGUCCUGGGCCACCCGGGCAUGUGGCAACCAGUCUUGGGCCAUCCGGGCAUGUGGCAGCCAGGCAUGGACCACCCAGGCAUGUGGCAAACAGGCCCAAAGCAACCAAGUAGCAGCUCAUCAAGUACGAGUCAAUCAAGCAUGAGUCAGCUAUACACGAGCCAAUCAGAUACAACUGUAUCAGGCACUACACAACUAGGCUUGAGCCAAUCAAAUAUGAGUCAACUAGGUAGGAGCCAACCAGGCAUGAGCCAGCCAGGCAUGAGCCAGCCAGGCAUGUGGCAACCAGUACUGGGCCACCCAGGCAUGUGGCAACCAGGCCUGAGCUACCCAGGCAUGUGGCAACCAUUCCUGGGCCAACCAGGCAUGUGGCAGCCAGGUCCAGGUUACCCAGACCUGAACCAAUUAGGCCUGAGUCAACCAAAGCUAAUCCAACUAGGCGAGAGCCAAUCACGCGCUAGUGAAUCAAGCAUGAAUUUUCUGCAAGUAAGACCUGCAGAGCCUCGAGACUGCCCAGAAAUCCUGCGAUUGAUUAAAGAAUUGGCUGCCUGUGAAGACAUGCUAGAUGAAGUGACAUUAACAGCAACUGAUUUACUCAGAGAUGGCUUUGGGAACAAUCCCCUUUUCUACUGCCUGAUUGCUGAAGUAUACAGUCAACGAAAACCAGCAGUCACCGUUGGAUUUGCCAUGUACUACUUUACAUACGACCCCUGGAUAGGCAAGUUACUUCACCUAGAGGACUUUUAUGUCAUAGAAGCUUACCAAGGUCUAGGUAUUGGAGCUGAAAUGCUGAAGAGGCUAAGUCAGAUAGCCAUCAGAAGUCAAUGUAACUGCAUGCACUUUCUUGUCAUCAUUUGGAACGAGGCUUCUAUUGAGUACUACACUCGUCGAGGGGCUUUAGACCUUUCCUCUGAAGAGGGCUGGCAUCUGUUCAGGUUUAACAGAGAAGAACUCAUGGACAUGGCAAAGGAAGAAUGAAAGAGGCCUCAUAACAACUUGUCCCAACUUAGCAUCCAACAUUUGAAUGUCACCUAACAGCAGUUUGACUUCGAAUGUUGUACAAUACAGCAAGUGAUCAUUAUAUUCUUGUUUGAGUAGAUCUUUUACUUUGAAACAGAUUUUGCAGAUCCAGUCAAUUCUCCAUUAUCCAAACUAAUAUACUAAUGGUUAAUAGCAGUGUUGAUAAUCCAAAAAUCACUUAUACUUGGCUUCGGGCUAUUUAUUUUUUGCCCACCAUAUUUCACCAAAUUUAAGAUGCUUAUUUUUUUCACAUUUUAACAUAUCUGAAAUUGGGAUAACUCAAAUGAUCAACAGGCAACAUUUUUUUUUCUUAAAGCUAUGUGAUGUGUCUUAGAGUUGAUGAAAUAUGGGUGUGUUUGGAUAUAAACAAAUCUGAGGAAAAACAAAUUCAUUUCAAAUACCAGAGCUAAAUUCUGAAGAGCUUACUUAUAAAGAACUAACAAGUGAACUGCUUCCGCACCUUGAUUAGCUCCUGUACCACUGGUUCCUUGACAUUGUCCCAGAACUAUAUUUGAUCUCUGAACAUCUAUAGCUUUUUGGUUGUACUCAUAUUAGGGCAGAUACCACAUACAACACUGUAUUUGUAUAUGUUUCUCUCUUUCCUAGUAUAGUAUAAGCCCUUUGGUGAAAUUAUAUUAAUAACUAUUUUUGUAUCCUGUGAUGCAACCAGCAAGGCAGAACAUGUGAGUUCUUAUUAUGUACUAGGCAUUUCAUGGGCAUGGAAGCUACACAAAGAUGAUCCAGCCAUACCCACAAGGAGCCUUGUCUGUGAGAAAAUACUAAUUAUAAAAAAAAUUAUGUGAGCUAUCCUGUCUAUAAAUACCAAGUACAAGGGAAUUUAUAAGAGCAAACAUCUAAAUUCUACCUUGGAGAAUUGAGAAAGGUAACACAGGAAUUGGAUUUGAUGGAUGGAUAGGAAGUUAGAACGUGGAGCAAAAUGAGACAGAAGAGCAUUCUAAGAGGAGACACCAGCAUAGGCAGAGAAAAAGGCAAUAAAGAACAAAACAUGUUCAAGAAACAAGUGGUAUGUCAUAAAUAUGAUAUAACAUACAUUGAUAGUAGGGUGGAUAAGGAGAGGGAAGAUAGAAUCAGUUUGUUAAGCUGGGAUCAGAUAUGAAUGGCCUUGUAUGUCAAACUAAGAAAUUUUGAUUUGAUUCUGUAGGCAAUGAUGAGCCACUGAAGAUUUCGGAAAGACUACUAUUCAUAAUAGUUGUCAGAAAAACAGCUAUGCCAUAAUAGUAUGACAAAUGGGUUAGAAGAAUAGGAUAGCAGACGCUGUAUGUUAGCUUAAACCCAACAUUCAUUCCCAACCUCUUACUCCUUGCCUUCCUCAACCCAGGAAAAGAAAAACUUGAUUUUCUUACCUCUCCUAAGCUAAGUGUAUGGCAAUAUGACAAGUUCUUGUGGAGAUAUACACAUAAGUUUUCUGAGGAGAUUUUAAGUUAGCAUUUACUGGCCAGGCACAUUGGCUCAUGCCUGUAAUCCUAGCGCUCUGGGAGGCUGAGGCAGGAAGAUUGCUUGAGCUCA